AUGACGGAGGAGAGGAUAGCACUGAUGAAGGAGAUUAUCGAAUCUGACGAGCCCUCCUUCAUCCGCUGGGACGGGUUCCUCAUCGCCGAGGUGGACGGCGUUCCUGCUGCUGGUCUAAGCGGUUAUGAGACAAAACUUAAGUCGGGAGAGGUGUACAGCCAGCUGCUCCUGGAGGGUAUGAAGCGUCGAGGCUGGACCGAGACCGCCAUCGAUGAAUACCACAAGCGGAGCUACGGCGUGCUGGCGGUGUGGCCUGAUCUGCACGAUGUGGAGAACCACUGGGUGGUCGAGUGGGUGGCCACACGGCCCGAGUACCGGAGACGAGGACUCGUGAACCAGCUUCUCCUACGAGUUCUGGAUAUUGGAAGAGAGAAGGGCUAUAAGAAGGCACAGGUCUCAUUGAUGAUAGAGAACGCUCCGGCGCGGAGAGCCUACGAAAAGCUGGGCUUCUCGGAGUAUAACACGAUCACCUCGCCGCUCCUCUCGAAGCUUCAUCUCAAGACCACGGGCAUUCUGAACUUGCGUAUGAGCCUAUGA